AUGACACAACCGCAAAAGACCAUUGCCGUCGUGAACGCGACAGGACGGCAAGCUGCUUCUUUGAUUCGUGUCGCAUCAGCCGUAGGAUACAGUGUACGCGCGCAGAUUCAUUCACUGAAAGGUCUCAUCGCCGAUGAGCUUCAGAAUUUGCCGAAUGUCACCCUCCUCCAGGGCCCUCUACUGGGUAAUGUCCAACUGAUGGAUUCACUCUUUCAGGGUGCUUCCUUGGCUUUUAUCAAUACCACUUCUCAGUCUGGUGAUGAAGUUGCCAUUGGACGUGCCCUAGCUGAUGCUGCCAAACGCGCCGGUUCUAUCACACACUAUAUCUAUAGCAGUAUGCCAGAUCACUCGGUUCAUGGUCCUUGGCCUGCUGUUCCGCAAUGGGCCCCUAAGUUUACCGUGGAGAACUAUAUCCGUCAGUUAGGUCUGCCGUCUACUUUUGUCUACGCCGGUAUCUACAACAAUAAUUUCACGAGUCUUCCUUAUCCACUCUUCCAGAUGGAGGUGCUGGAAGAUGGUUCCUUUGAAUGGCGUGCACCCUUUGAUCCGGAAACUCCUCUGCCCUGGUUAGAUGCUGAGCAUGAUGUUGGACCUACACUGUUACAAAUCUUCAAAGAUGGGCCCAAGAAGUGGCAUGGACAUCGAAUCGCUCUCACAUUUGAAACACUUUCACCAAAUCAAGUGUGCGCCGCAUUUCAUCGUGCUCUCGGCCGACCCUGCCGAUACGUACGUGUGCCCAAGAUUGAAAUCAAGGUCAAUGUUCCUAUGGGAUACCGGGAACAACUCGAGGCCUUGGAGAUACUCUUUGGCGAGUGUGAUGCCCCUUACUUCCCGCAACCCGAGUUUUCGCAGCCGGCUGCAGGCUCACCCAAGGGUCUGGGCCCAGCUGGAGGAAAGGGUGCUGGUGCGGGUAUGAUGCAGGGGCCAGGCGGCGUGGUGUCUCUGCGAGUGACAGACGAGGCUCGGCAUCUGUGGCAAGGUUGGCGCGAUAUGGAAGAGUAUGCGCGGGAGGUAUUCCCUGUAGAAGAGGAAGCCAAUGGACUUGAUUGGAUGCUUUGA